GCUUCAAUUUACAACCUGAUUCAUCUACAUUACCGGAAAAUGACAUCAGUGUUAAUGUGUCAAUACGCUUGGCUGAUACCAAAUUUAGCUCAAAUGGAUCAGUGAUCAAUCUUCCUAUUUCUGCUCAAUUCGGUAGCGUUAAAGCUGUUUCACAAAUUGGAGGUAUAGUUUCUAGAGAUGGUAAAGAGACGCUAAAUUUAGUAAUGGACUUCGUAAAUUCCGAUUCGGGUAUGACUGGUAUGACAUAUCUUCCGAA